AAAGGCCGUCAUGUCUGCUGCCGACUGCCGAGUGGCGACAGUGCCCGGAGAGACAUAUCUUCACGGCGACGAAUGAAUGGACUGAAGAGUGAAAUUCGUGUCCGUUGUAUAGUAAAAAUUACGCGAUGCAAAGGGAGGAGAAGCAACAGGAUUCGGCCUUGGAGGCCUUAAUAAUGCGAGUGAACGAUCUGAAGACCGCGAUCGCCGCGAUGAUAUUCAAGGUGGAGCACGAAUACGAAACCUUGAAUUGGCCGAAUUUUCUUGACAAUUUCGCUCUUAUUUCGGGCCACCUGACCAGCCUCUCGAAGAUCCUCGGGCACGACAAAGCGCUCAAUCUCAGGGGUCUGACGGUUCUACCGUUGCGCUUGAGUCCGGAGAAGGACGAGGAGCUGCUGCGACUGACCGAGAAUCGAAUCCCAACAUUCGCGCACGAUUUGGUGCCGGAUUACCUGAGGACGAAGCUUGAGCCCCAGGCCGAGCAGAAGAUGAUGCAGUUGGAAGCCAAGGCCGCGAACGUUAACAUUGACACAUCACACGACUACAAUAAACAACUGGCGCAAUAUACGAAGGUAAUUAGCCACGUGUGGGACAUAGCGAAUAAGGCGCGCGAGGAUUGGGAGGGCGAAGUUAGCACAAGAGCGACACAAGCGCAGACCAGCAGCGCUGCCGAUACUCAUGCCCUUCUGGCCGCUGUGGGGAUGGGUAAAGGUUUGAAAUCUGAUUCGAUUCAAAUGGUUCAAUCCGGCGUGAAUCCGGUACCCAACAGCAUGAUGGUGGGCAGACCCGGUAAUCAGCAGCAAACGACGGGGCAAGGGCCACUUGGUAAUCCACCAAUGGGACAAAUGAACAAGGCGCCAAGCGCAAUAAAAACGAACAUCAAAGCGGCGUCCCAAAUCCAUCCUUAUAGAUAAGAAUAUUGUAGCAUCUUUUUCAUUUAAGAUGUAUCAUACAAUGACUGAUUAUUCAAACACUGUAUUUGUGAGACACGAUCGCGUACGAGCGAGGAGAAACGCACUUGUUCAUCACGGGCACAGUGACAGCCUCCAAGCCUUGUUCGUGCAACC